UAACUAACUACGACUGGCUGUUCUGUUUGGCCGCCAUGUGUUCGGCAGAAGCGUCCGGUGAGGGGAGUGUCGGGGCUGCGUCCGCGGGCAGGGGCCGGAACUGGCCGGCAGGCGGGCGUCUCCCCGCCGGGGAGGAAGCAGGAAGUGGACCAAGUGGGCAGCGGUGGAACUCCCCGCAGGUGGGCUCCGAGCUGCGCGCCUCUCCCGCCAUGGGGCUCCCGACUCUGGAGUUCAGCGACUCCCUGCUGGACAGUCCGGACUUCAGGGAGCGACUCAGGUGCCACGAGGUCGAGCUGGACAGGACCAACAAGUUCAUCAAGGAGCUGAUCAAGGACGGCAACGCGCUGACGGCGGCGCUCAACCAUCUGUCGGUGGCCGUCCUCAAGUUCUCCCAGUCGCUGCAGGACUUCCAGUUCGAGUGCAUCGGUGAUGCGGAGACCGACGACGAGGUCAACAUCGCGCAGUCCUUCAAGGAGUUCUCCGAGCUGCUGAGCACCGUGGAGGAGGAGCGGAGGCGUCUGAUGCAGAGCGCUGAUGAUGUUUUGAUUACUCCGCUGGAAAAGUUCCGUAAAGAGCAAAUCGGCGCAGCGAAGGAAGGGAAGAAGAAGUUCGACAAGGAAACGGAGAGGUACUACUCCACGCUGGAGCGCCACCUCAGCCUGUCGUCCAAGAAGAAGGAGGCGCAGCUGCAGGAGGCCGACGCGCAGAUCCACCGAGAGAGGCAGCUCUUCUACGACGCGUCGCUGGAGUACGUUUUCAAGAUCCAGGAAGUUCAGGAGAAGAAGAAGUUUGAGUUUGUGGAGCCGCUGCUGGCCUUCCUGCAGGGCCUCUUCACCUUCUACCACGAGGGCUACGAGCUGGCGCUGGAGUUCCAGCCGUACAAGCAGCAGCUGCAGUUCAACCUGCAGAACACGCGGAACAACUUCCUGAGCACCAAGCAGGAGGUAGAGAAGCUGAUGAGGAGGAUCAGGUCUGCGGAGCAGGACUACAGACCUCCAGGCCCCUGGACCAUGGAGGGCUUCCUGUACGUCCAGGAGAAACGUCCUCUGGGCUCCGCCUGGGUGCGUCACUACUGCACGUACGACAGGAGCAGCAAGACCUUCACCAUGAUCGGCUCCGAGGUCAGGACCUCGGGGAAGCAGAACGGACUGGUCCCGCAGCAGCCCGAGAUCUUCAAGCUCAGGUCCUGCGUGCGCCGGAAGACCGACUCCAUCGACAAGCGCUUCUGCUUCGACGUGGAGGUGGUGGAGAGACGUGACGUCUGUCCUGGAACUCUUUUCAGGCCGCUUCAGUUUUUCUAUAAAGUCCGGCACGGGGUCAUGACCCUGCAGGCGCUGUCCGAGGCCAACAGAAGGCAGUGGCUGGAGGCCAUGGAUGGCAAGGAGCCGAUCUACAACCUGCCGGCCAUUUUGAGCAAGAAGGAGGAAACCUUCCUCAACGAUGCAGGAUUUAACUUCGUCCGGCGGUGCAUCCACCUGGUGGAGAGCAGAGGCAUCAGCACCAUGGGACUGUACCGCACCGGAGGGGUCAGCUCCAAGGUCCAGAAACUGAUGACCACCGUCUUCUCAUCAAAAGCAGCAGCGGACAUGGAGCUGGAUCCGGACACGUGGGACAACAAAACCAUCACCAGCGGGCUGAAGAAUUACCUGAGGUGUCUGUCCGAGCCUCUCAUGACCUUCAGGCUGCACGCUGACUUCAUCCUGGCCGUCAAGUCCGAUGACCAGAACCACCGAGUCCGUGGCGUCCACGCUUUGGUGCACCAGCUGCCGCAGAGGAACCGUGAGAUGCUGGAGCUGCUGAUCCAGCACCUGGUCAGAGUUUCCACCCAGAACCAGUCCAACAUGAUGACAGUGUCCAACCUGGGCGUCAUCUUCGGGCCCACCCUGAUGAGGUCGCAGGAGGAGACGGUGGCGGCCAUGAUGAACAUCAAGUUCCAGAACGUCGUGGUGGAGAUUCUCAUCGAGAACUUCAGCGAGAUCUUCCGCCAGCCUCCGGACCCCAACGUGCCUCCAUCCCCGCCUCAGCCUCAGUGCAAGGCAGUGUCCCGCAGGAGUCGUGCCGUCCGUCUGUCCGGGGGGAGCAGGAAGCAGCGCAGCAGCUACGCGCCGGCGCUCUGCCUGGCUGAUGCGCAGAGCGACCACAGCUCCCCCAGCUCUUCCCCCGUGGCCAGCAUGGACUCGCUGUCCUCCGGCUCCUCGAACCUGGACGCCCACAGAACCCUGAACGGGCCGAGCUCGCCGGCCACCGCUGCCUCGCCCGGGUCUCUGCUCGCCAGUGAAGGUCCCGGGAGCUGCGCUGGAUCCGGCCACAGUCUGCCGACCCUGGACGUCCAGGAGAGGGUGCAGCAGCCGGAGCUUCCUCCCAAACUGGUGCCGUCUGGCCGGAGCCAGACCUUGGACACCCACGGCUACCAGAGGCCCGGCUCGCUAGCGGCUGCCAGAGCCCAGCGCUUCCAAGAGGCCGCCGCCGCUGCUGCAGGAGGACGAGAGGCCCAGGCCAUCUACUCCUGCCAGGCCGAGCACAGCCACGAGCUCAGCUUCCCUCAGGGGGCGCUCUUCUCCAACGUUCACCCGUCCGUGGAACCGGGCUGGCUCCAGGCGACCCACCAGGGCAGGACGGGCCUCGUCCCUGAGAAUUACGUGCUCUACCUGUGAGGGCCGCGGUGCGGAGCCUGGUUUUCUCCAGACCUUUGGGGACUUGACUUGAUCCUCCUGGAAAGUGAUGUCCACGACAGACUGACCCUCACUUGUUCACUCUGUUUUUAACUUCACCGUCACCUGCAUCUCAACUUUUUCUUUUUGGUUUCUCAACUUGUUUCCCCCAAAAGUCUCUGAUGACCUCACACCUGGCCACGCGAGUUGCCCUGGCGACUGGAACAUGUCGGCACGGCCCGGCGGCGGUGGUCGGACCAGAAGACGCUGGUCCUGCCCUGCUCAGCAGACACGCCCCCAGCGUCGCAGCACGUGUCUGUUCUUCAAUAUAUCUCUGCGACAGCCUCCGCUGUAGCGCUGCCACUCGCUGUGUUAGCUUUGUACCUAAUAAAUGACGAGACGGAUUCAGGACCGUGAGAAAGCUUCGAGUGCAACCGAGUCUUUCACAUGUGCAGUCACUUUACUGAGCGUCGACGAGGAAGUGUUGGGUGUGUUACUGCUGUGUCAUGGCGCCUCUGCGGCGCAGCGUCAACAUCAAAGGCCACGAAGACUCACCUUCACUGUUAUCAUGCGUUGCCGUGACAACAGACACCAACAGCUCUCACUGAGUCACUGAUGCUUUUGGCCUUUUAUUUUGAAACUCAAGUCCCUGGUGCUGUUUUCAUGGCGUGGAUGGAAGGGUGAGGGUUUUUCCUCACUCAUUCAUGAGUCAAAGUGAAAGCACUGAUGAGAAGGAAACACUGAGGAGCUAGCCGAGCUAGCAGCUAGCUUAACAUGCCCACAGCGUGUAUGUUGGUUUAUUUACUUCACAAAGUCUUGAGAGGCAAAACAUGCUCUUGUACUUCUGAAGCUCGGUAUUGACUGUCACAACACCACACCGCUUCACAGCUAGUUUAUUGCGCGCCAUGUUGGCUGCUAGCAGCGAGUAACUAGCCCAAAUCACGGUCAGGAAAAGUGUUUCUUCCUGAUCUGGUCAGGUUGAAUCUCAAUUUCUUGUCAGUGAAGUGAGACUCGCUUGUU